AUGGAUGGGAACCCCUCAAUCUUGGGCUCCCAUGGGAUUCUGGAACCUGGGGAUCUUCUAAUAGGAGCAGUGAUUCCCAUUCACACUGACAGUAUUUUCCCCUUGGCCACCUAUAAACAGAAACCAACCCCAGAUAUUUGCAAAAGUUUCCGCCUUGACUUCUAUCAGCAGUUCCAGACCUUCAGGUUUGCGGUGGAAGAGAUCAACAGAAACCCUGAACUCCUACCCAACAGUACCCUGGGUUUCUAUGUCUAUGACUCCUGUGCUGUUCUCCAAAGAGAGUUAGGGGGAACAAUAUGGAUGAUAACUGGUCUGAACCAAGUGAUACCAAAUUACUGCUGCCAGGUACAUCCUCCUCUUACUGCUGUCAUCGGUCACUCAACAUCCACAUUCUCCAUCCUCGUGGCUCACAUCAUGGGAUUGUACAGAUUUCCACAGGUUAGCUACUUUUCUACCAGCUCUCUCUUGAGUGACAAGAGACAGUUCCCUUCCUUCUUUAGAACCGUCCCAAGUGAUGACUUUCAGGCCAGGGGACUGGCACAAAUGGUGCUGCAUUUUAAAUGGAAAUGGGUGGGGCUCAUUGCUUCUAAUGAUGAUUAUGGCACCGAAGUGAUAGAGGUCAUCAGACAGGAGGUCGUGAAAGAAGGAGCUUGUGUGGCCUACACCGUGUAUAUGUCAGACAACCUACUUAAUCAAAAUCUACCAAACAUUGUUAAAACAAUAAAGGAUUCAAGUGCUAAUGUCCUAAUUGUCUUCUCAGUUGACUUCUACUUAUUUCCCCUUCUGGAUGAGAUGCUGAAACAAAAUGUAACUGGAAAAACGUUUGUUGCCAGCGAGGCUUGGUCCAUUUCAAACCGUUUAGCAGUGAAUAAAUAUGUCUCCUUACUGUCUGGGACUAUAGGCUUUGCUUUUUUCAGCUCUGAAAUUAAAGGUCUUCAAAAGUUCCUCAACUCAAUGACUAUCUACAAUACCCCAGGGAUAUAUUGGGCAAAAGAGUUAUGGGAAGAAGUUUUUGGGUGCACAUUUGUUGACCAGAAGAACCUCACCGUUACACUGAACAUCAAAAAACAAUGUACAGGAGAAGAACAUCUAAGUUCUGUGCAAAACAUCUAUAACGAUGUGUCCAUAUUAAGAGCCUCCUACAAUAUCUAUACUGCGGUGUAUGUGAUAGCAACGGCUCUGCAUGACCUCAGGCAAUGCCGGUCCUUGGGUGGAGCCUUGGUUGGAAAUAACUGUUUAGAUAUAGGACAUUUCAAACCAUGGCAGCUGAUGAGUUAUUUUAGGAAAGUCCGAGUAACACUGAACAACGCUCGAGACGUUUUCUUUGAUAAGGAUGGAAACCCACCAGCUGUAUAUGACAUAGUCAACUGGCAGUUGGGAUCAGAUGGAACCAUCAAGCAAAUGAAAUCAACUUUUUGCCCUGACUUUGGUUUGAUAAUUGACUUUAUUUCUUCCAAGGUUCCAAAUUCUGUUUGCAGUCAGAGUUGUCCAGAAGGGUUCAAACAAUCCUUAAAAGAAGGAGAGCCAGUGUGCUGCUUUCAGUGUAGCCCCUGUGCUCAAGGGGAGAUCUCCAAUCAGACAGAUGCCAUUGAGUGCUGGAAGUGCCCCUGGGACAUGUGGCCCAACAGUGCAAGAGACAGAUGUUUGACCAAACCCAUUGAGUUCCUUUCCUAUGAGGAUUACUUGGGCAUCACCCUGGCAACAAUCAGUACUUUCUCCUCUAUGGUUCCAAUUUUUAUCUUUCGACUUUUCGUUCAUUAUAAAUCCACCCCAAUUGUGAGAGCCAAUAACUAUUCAGUGAGUUGUAUUCUCUUAGUAUCUCUGUCUUUCUGCUUCCUCUGUGCUUUGGCUUUCAUUGGUUACCCCCAACCUGAGAAGUGCCUUCUGCGCCAGGCGGCAUUUGGCCUUGUCUUUACCCUCUGUGUAUCCUGCAUUUUGGCCAAAACUGUUAUUGUUGUUUUUGCCUUCAUGGCCACUAAACCCGGGAGCAGCCUCAAAAAAUGGACAACUCCCCGUGUGCCCUACAUGAUCAUUACCAUCUGCACCUUCAUACAACUCACUUUGUGUGUGUUUUGGUUGACAAUCUCCCCUCCUUUCCUCCAGUUCAAUAUUGAAGCCAAACCCGGAAUCAUUGUUGUAGAAUGCAAUGAAAACUCUCAGUUUGCCUUCUGGUGCAUGCUGGGAUAUCUUGGAAUGUUAGCCACUGUCAGUUUCACUGUAGCUUUCCUGGCCAGGAGGCUCCCAGACAACUUCAACGAGGCCAAACUAAUAACAUUCAGUAUGUUGGCCUUCCUCAGUGUGUGGGUGUACUUUAUCCCAGCCUCUCUUAGUGCCCAGGGCAAGUAUACUGUUGCCAUGGAAAUCUUUGCCAUUCUGACUUCCAGUUGGGCCCUUGUGUUCUGCAUGUUCCUCCCCAAAUGUUUCAUCAUAUUGUUCAGACCCGACAUGAACUCUAGGGAAAACUUAAUGAGAAAGGAGGGAGGAGAAAAUAAAGAACACAAUUAA